AUGAAUCCAGAAGUAUUUUUGGAGGCAGACUUUAUUGCUGAGAGACGACAAACAGGCCCUUUCAGCAAGAUUUAUACAGAUCCGACGACAUGGCCAUGUUUAUAUAAAUUCUGCAUGGGAAAGAACCAAUCGCCGAUUAAUAUUGAUACUGAAAUGCUUACAAUCAACCCUAAAAUGGGAUCUUUACAAUUUCAAAAUUAUGAUAAAGAUCUGGAGAAUUUAACAAUAUCAAAUUAUGGUUAUUCAGUGGUGAUAACUAUUCCGACGUCAUCAAACGUUACUAUAAGUGGAAAAGGUAUUGAAGAAAUGUAUGGCCUUGCUAAAAUUUUAAUUUUUUUCGGCAAAAAUCCUAGUAAGGGAUCUGCUCAUACAAUUAACAGUAAAUACUUUAAUAUGGAGAUUGUUUUCAUUCAUCUCAAUACUAAAUACGAACAAUUUACCAACGCGCCAGAUGCAAUAUUAGCAUUAAGUAUAUUAGUAAAGCUUGCAAAAUCAGAUAAUGAAAAUCUGCAACCUAUCGUCGACUCUCUUGAAAAAAUAAAAAACCCGGAUGAUUCUACUAAAUUAACGUCAUUAAAAAUAAAAGAACUUUUACCUAAUGACACCGACCACUAUGUGAAAUAUAAAGGAUCUGCUUUAAUACCUGAAUGCUACGAUGGAACUCAUACAUGGAUUAUCCCAUAUUAUACCAUUCCUAUUAGCAAAUAUCAGCUUAAAAAGUUUAUAACGGUUAAAAGAUAUAAAGAAGGUGAAAAACAACCGAAAUUUUUUAACAACUUAGUUCGUCCGGUGCAGCCUUUAUUUGAUAGAGAAAUUCAAAGUACUCUUUUUGUUAAAAAUAAUCGUCAGAAGGGCUAUUCUACUUAA